AUGACUCUCCCAGAUCAGAGUAAUUUAGUAAGAUGGGGUAAAAGUACCGAAAAAACUUGCUAUAUCUGUGGAAAGGCAGUUGGAACUGCUAAGCAUCUGCUGGUGGGAUGUAAGGUACUCCUUGACAGCGGUCAAUACUCGCGUCGUCACGAUAGGGUUCUAGAAGUCAUACGUGAAGCGGUUAGUCUUUCGGUAGCCAGAGCGCAAAAGGGAAUAACCACAAACGAACGAUCAGUAGGUUUUGUGAGAGAAGGCACUAGGGCUACAAAAUCAAACGUCAAGCCUUACUCCAUCCUUAAAGCGGCGUCGGAUUGGACUAUAAUGAUGGACACGUAUGAAAAAACAAUAUAA